AUGGUUUUCCAGAGCAAUGGGAUGUUCUGGCAUUCAAACCAGCGGGGUAAAAGUAUGACUUGCUACUGCUUCUCACUGAUUGUGCUGGUCAGUGGCCAUCUGGACAGCUGGGACGUUGGGCAGGGCGCCUUGGAUGAUGGUGGUGGAUCCUUCAUAUCAUGGGAAGCACUCUCACUUAUUAAAGAUCUGGGGCUGCGUCCAAAAAGGACUCUGCGUCUGGUACUCUGGACAGCAGAAGAACAAGGUGGAAUCGGAGCCUUACAGUACUAUCGGCUACACAAGGGAAAUAUUUCCAAUUAUAGUCUGGUGAUGGAGUCUGACGCAGGAACCUUUCUUCCCACCGGGCUGCAGUUCAGUGGCAGUGAAAGGGCCAGGGACAUAAUGAAGGAGAUCAUGGGCCUGCUGAAGCAUCUCAAUGUCACCAAGGUCUUUACUGGAGGGGAAGGGACAGACAUUAACUUCUGGAUUCAAGCUGGAGUGCCAGGUGCCAGUCUAAGUAAUGACCUAUUUAAAUAUUUCACCUUCCAUCACACCUAUGGAGAUACCAUGACUGUCAUGAACCCAAAGCAGAUGAAUAUUGCUGCUGCUGUCUGGUCUGUUGUCGCUUACGUCGUUGCAGACCUAGAAGAAAUGCUACCCAGAACCUAACAUUAGCAAGAAAGAAGGUAUUUUCAUCUUGCUUACCAGGAAUCCUGGGUCAACAGCUUCGGGAAACAGCUCUUCACAUAAUAGCUUAUCUGAUCCAUCUUCAAAGCACAAGUCUUUUUUGUACUUCCUGUUAUCCUCUUUCUCAAUAUUUUCUAAAUUGUCUACCAUUUUUUAGGAUAAAGAAUGACCUCUACCACCUCUACAAAAUCAAAAUACAGUGGGGCUCAGAGUAAGGGUAUUUCUUUAUACCAUCUUUUU